UCUCCCUCGGCAAGAUCUCUUCGAGAGGUUGUUGCUCUGCGCCGCACCUCCUUGCACCGCGCGUUUCCUCAAUCCCAUCGUCACGGCGUUCGCUCCCAAUCUCUCGUGCUUUGUUUUCCAGUUUGAUAUCGCCCGCUUCAUCCAGAGACUUCAACAUGGCGUCCCGUUUUUGGACUCAAAAUAGUGAUAGCGAGAGCGAGGAGGAGGAAGUAUCCGAUCUCGAAGAUGACAUCCCCCUCGGUGGUGAGGGUGGAGGUGCUCUUCCAUCAAAGUACCUUCAAGGUGAUUCAGACAGUGAUGAAUCUGACGACCAAGGUCCUCGGAUGGUUCGAUCUGCUAAGGACAAGCGGUUCGACGAGUUGGUGCAGACUACAGAGCAAAUGAAAAAUUACAUGAAAAUCAACGAUUGGGUUCAGCUACAAGAAAGUUUUGAGCGGCUAAAUAAGCAGUUGGAGAAGGUGAACCGGGUGACAGAAUCUGUGACCGCACCUCGCAUUUAUAUUAAGGCCCUUGUGAUGCUUGAGGACUUUUUGAAUGCGACUCUGGUGAACAAGGAUGCGAAGAAGAAGAUGAGCCCCAGCAAUGCGAAGUCAUUGAAUUACAUGAAACAAAAGCUGAAAAAGAAUAACAAAUUGUUCGAGGCUGAUAUCGAAAAAUUUAGGGCUAACCCGGAAUCAGAAGUGGAAGAUGAGAUCGAUGAAGACGAUGAGGAUGCCGAAUCAGCCGAUGGAUUCAGUGACGAUGACAUUGUGGAACGCACAAUGAAUUCGGAUGAAGAGGAUGAGGAGCAAGAGGACGAUGGAGGGGGCUGGACGUCUGCCGAGAAGAAACCAAAGGAGAUGUUUCCGAAAAUGGAUCCCGGCCAGAUUUCGUGGGAGAUGGUGGACAAGAAGCUGAAGGAGAUCAUCGUGGCUCGUGGACGAAAGGGUACAGAUCGUGCCGAGCAGGUGGAGCAGUUGUCCUACCUGGCGAGGUGUGCGAAGACGCCCGCCCAGAAGCUGGAGGUGAUGGUGCACGUAGUGUCCGCGCAGUUUGACGUGAAUCCAAGCUUGAACACACACAUGCCCAUUGCCGUAUGGAAGAAGUGCGUGCAGAACGUGCUGGUAAUUUUGGAUAUUCUAGCACAAUACCCGAACAUCAAAAUGGACGAGACCUCUGAACCUGAGGCAGAGAACGAGACAGAGAAGGGAGCAGAUUACGAGGGAUCCAUUCACGUGUGGGGUAACAUGGUUGCCUUCUUGGAGCGUAUCGAUGACGAAUUGUUUAAGAGCCUGCAGUGCAUCGACCCACACACCAAGGAUUAUGUGGAGCGGCUUCGGGACGAGCCUUUAUUCAUGACACUGGCCCAGAAUGUGCAGGCAUAUGUGGAGAGACUGGGUGACAUGAGGGCAGCCGCUCGAGUAGCUUUGAGGCGAGUGGAGCAUGUGUACUACAAGCCGCAGGAGGUAUACGAGGCUAUGAGGAAGCUGUCGGAGCUGCAGAGCCGUGUAGGUGGUGCAGCUGCGGAGAUUGUGGCAGGCGAGGAUGGCGAGGAGAAGGACGGUGAAGCGGUGAUGAAGGCAUCAACGGAAACGAAGGGGCCUGCUCCCUUCGUGCUGACCCCCGAGAUCGUUCCGCGCAGGCCCUCAUUUCCAAGCGUCAAUAGGAAGCUGAUGGAUCAGCUGGUGACCUUGAUUUACAAGCAUGGGGAUGAGCGAACGAGGGCUCGAGCCAUGCUGUGCGAUAUUUAUCAGCACGCUAUUUCUGACGAGUUUUACACUGCUCGUGACCUGCUAUUGAUGAGUCAUCUGCAGGAGUCCGUGAUGAACAUGGACAUCUCGACGCAAAUUCUGUUCAACAGGGCGAUGGCUCAGCUGGGAUUGUGCGCAUUCCGUGAGUCCUUGGUGACAGAGGCGCACAACUGUCUGUCAGAGUUAUAUGCCGGGGGUCGCGUAAAAGAAUUGUUAGCGCAGGGAGUAUCACAGAGUCGAUACCACGAGAAGAAUCCCGAGCAGGAGAAACUGGAGAGAAGACGACAGAUGCCGUUUCACAUGCACAUCAACUUAGAGCUACUAGAGGCGGUGCAUCUGAUCACCGCAAUGCUCUUGGAGGUUCCUAACAUGGCAUCAAGCGUGCAUGAUAUGAAGCGCAAAAUGAUCAGCAAGCCAUUUCGAAGGCUGCUGGAUAUCAAUGAGAAACAGAUGUUCACGGGGCCUCCAGAGAACGUGCGUGACCAUGUGAUGGCAGCGACGCGGGCAUUGAGCAAAGGUGAUUGGAAGAAGGCAGUGGAAGUGAUUCAGAGCAUGGACGUGUGGAGGCUACUUGGGCAGCGGGAAUCGAUCAUGGAGAUGUUGCAGGAGAAGCUGCAAGAGGAAGCCCUGCGGACGUAUAUCUUCACGUACUCCCCAUACUUCGAGUCAUUGAGCCUGGACCAGCUGAUGGUGAUGUUUGGAUUGCCGGAGGCCCAGGUGCAUAGUAUCGUAAGCAAGAUGAUGAUCGCAGAGGAGCUUCACGCGAGCUGGGACCAGCCCACCAGGUGCGUUGUGACCCAUAAUAUGGAACCCACUCGGCUGCAGGCAUUGGCCUCCCAGUUCGCUGAAAAGCUGAAUGUGCUUGUGGAGAGCAACGAGAAGGCUUUCGAUGCUCGCACUGGUGGCGGUGGCUUGGAGGGAUUAGGGCGACGUAACAAGGAGGGUCAAGACUACGCUGAUGCAGCGGGUGGCAGACGUGGGGGUGAUUUUGGAGGAAACCGCAGUGGUUUUAGGAACAACCGAGGCGGUCGCGGUGGACGUGACAACCAGGCCGGAGGACGGGGUGCGAGAGACAACCAGGGUGGCUUUAACAAUUACAACCGUGGUAAUCAAGGAAGGAGCGGCUACAACAGUGGCUACCAGAGCACCCGUUACCAGGAUGCUUACAGCAGUGCAGGCCGAACACCUUAUCAGGCAGGGCCAGCAUCUGGGAUUAACAACCGGGGAGUUCAACAAGCAGACGCUGGUGGUCGCAUGGUUAGCUUGUCAAGGGUAGGUAGUAACCGCUUCUGAGUGCUGUAAUUAUAUAGCUGGCUGAAGAGAUCUUUCAUGUACUAUCAAUAGUUUCAGACGAGGUUUAGUUUUAAUCAUUAUUGUGUACCCGGUUCUAGAUUCCGAGAGUCUCUCAAAUUCCUCAGCAUACGCUUGGUAUCGAUCACGUUCUGUGAUUCUUAUUUUUCUGGAAUAGGGUUUUGUGAUAAGUCUCUCAUGACAAAAGGCAGUUUCCACUUGGUUGUUUAUUGUUGCUGCUACUGCGACGGUUCCUGGAUCUGAUCUCGGGGCACGAAAGGCUGGACUUGUUUUACUUGUUUAGCUUCUCAUACUCAUUAUAUUGCAAGCCUCUGCAGCGAGGGUGCGUGGUUGUGCUGGGUAAAUUUAUGUAGCGUACUUAUUUUCAUCUGUGAUAUUUUA